UCGUAGACGGCGGAGCCGCGAUGCGCGCCCUGCGCCCUGUUCCAUAUUUAAUACCUGGCACCCGGGUAACCUUGAAUCGAUAUUUUACCAGUAAUCAGUGAUUGUAAUCGAAAACGUUAGAACUGUACAGCUGGCGCUCGGGACUAUCGCGUGGUGCCUCAACAAAGAACACGUACGUGUGAGCGGCGUUACGUCAUCAGCGGGCGGCAGCGUGACCCACAAACCGAAGGAGGCUCAUUUACCGCACGAAACUGUAGUCCCACGGAGAUGAUCGCGGGAAACGAUGCGGCGGCAACAUCUGAAACACACGAAGCGCAUCCUUCGCAAGGCAUGAAAUUCUUUCGCCACCGGCUAUCGCAAGCUCACAAUCGAUUAGCAAAGCACAAAAUUCAAUGGACACUCAACUUGUGCAUGCCGAACUGCUUCAAUUGGCGUCUUCUUGUUUCUAAUCCGGCCCGACGUUCUUCUCAACCCAGAUUCUUCGAUUCAUUCACACACUUUUAUUUUUAAUAAGACCGACAACUUUCUCCACGAAUCGGAGACUCGAUCGAUCGACACAGAGUGCAACCAGCGUACGCGAACUCACCCCUGCCUAGACGUAUCUAGGUCGCCGCAUCGUAGUAAAUAUUGCACGUACGCGCCGCGGUGAAUGCAUGCGUUAUAUUGAAUGCGGCAUUUUAUCGUACCUGGUGAGGCGGAAGCGCGUUGCGGUGUGCCGAGCGGAGCGGUGGAGGUCGGGCCGCCUCAUCCGUCGCGCGAUUAACUGCAGUACAUCGCCCGGCCGCGGACGCCGCUUCGGAUCGAUACGAUCGCGAUCUCGCGGCACAUGGGGCGCGAACGAGCUACGAGCUACGGGCGGUGCGAGCGCGACCGCGGCACUCGCGCGUUUAAGCUUCUCAACUUGCACGGUCGAUGCGGGAAUCCGCGCGCACCAACGACCCUACUUUGGGCGCAAGGAGCACCCGAUCGAUAUCGUGGGGCUUGCGCUGCGUCUAUACGGUGAGCCGAUACCGGAUUUUGAUCGAAACGAGGUCGUCCAACAUCGAGUUCUAUAUAAUUUAGGGACUGUAAUGAUGUAGUGAUUAAGCCAACAUUUGUGCGUAGCUGUGCGAAACUUAUUUCAGCUCUGCAUUCGCGUCGACCGUGUGUACUGGCGCGUGACACUUCACGCAGCGACGACGUUCAUCUUGUGACGGCAAACGGUGAUGUAUUACUACAAAAAAAGUAUCAUUUUUGUACAUUCACUAUACGUAUAUUAAUUUACAGGCUCUGCGUUAAGGUAUAUUUUGUAUAUUACUAUUUAUAAGCUGAUUUUGGACUGUGCGAGUCGAUAUGUGUGUUAAAAACCCUUCGCUUUUUGCCCAAGCGUAGGAUGCUCGCCGAGAUAGAACUAUGGUAAGAUCAAAGAAACGAGGAUAUGAGAUUCUGUCUCGACUUCUCAUCUGCGCUAAAAAAAAUAGUAAUCCUCCGAAUGACAUAUUCAAAAGUAAUGCUUAUAAAAUUUGAAACUUACCGGCUUGAUGAUAAGGCGUGUUAUCAAUUCACCGUAUACUUAGCAUAGCUUUUAGGGCGCUUCGAUUGAAGUGCGAACAAUUCAACUGCUACAUAGACGCAAAGGUAUGUCAGCUAGAUUAAGUACAGACCCUGAAUUGGAUUAUAUUACAGCAAUUCCCUAUAAUAAACCGUUUGUCGAAAAAUCCCGCUGAAAUUCGGGGUAUAAAAUUAUUAUUAACUGCCGAUGAUAUAAAGGCCCAGAGACUGUUUUUUUUUUUCGUUGGAAAAC